UAAAAUUAUGUAAGCCUGAAUAUUCAUUUGCUCGUCUUGAUGUACCUUUUCAUGAAAAACCAUUUUCACGUGGUUUUAAUUUUCGUUAUGCUUCUCAUUGGAAACGUAAUAAGAAGCAUUUUCGUACAUUAACAAAAGCUUUUGGUCUUCGUUUAGUAAUUGCUGUUAGUGGUAAAGCUGGAAAAUUUAAUUUUAUUAAAUUAACUUUAAAUACUGGUUCCUUAGUUGGAUUAUUUGGUUUAGCAACAUUUGUUUGUGAUAUUGUUCUACUUCAUUUAUCAAAAAAUUCAAGUACUUAUCGGAAUUUUGUGUUUGAAAUAGUCCAUUUACGAACACGUGCUACUAGUUCAGUAAAAGUGUCAAAAAAAUUUGUUCAAAAACAUGCUGAUAAAUAUCCAAAUUUCAAUUCAAAUAUAGAAGCAGAAUUAUCAUGUGAAACACUUGAUAAUAGUCCAAGAUCUUCACGAAAAACGGUUACAAUGGGUGCAGUCACUUUUAUGAAUCCGAUUCAAUCAGCAUGUUAA